GUUGGCAUGAUCUUAUUUACGUUAACCGUUUCUGAUUUUGAAUAGUCUUGACACAGCUUUUCAAAAUCAAAUUCUUUUAAAGUGCUUAAUAUCUAUUACAAAUAAUUUUGAGUUUAUUUGCAUCCGGGACAUUUAAAGAUGGCUGCGUCCAGUUGGUGGCACGUUAUUUCUCACUGUGUGUAAAUCCUGUCAACAGUUUCGGCUGGAUAGUCAUGAUCUAGGAUCUACGCUUAAGUAAUAUCUGAGCCACAGGUUUAAGACUCACCUGGACAGUGGUCAUUUGGUCAUCAUGGCUGCCCCAGUGGUGACCCCAGAGCAGAACAGAGGCACACUGCGAGGAAAAAUUGCAGCCAAAAAGAAGAAAUCUUUAAAACAAGUUUUGAGUUCACCAUACAAUGUCUCAUGGCCUGCAGUGGAAAAACAAACAGAAGUGGUUCUUCUGGAGAGGAUAAAAAAGGAGUUGUCCCAGAAUUUUGUCACCCGUCCAAGAGUACCACAACAGAUAAGACGAAAUAAGCAACAGAUGAAGAAGUGGAGAGAGGAGCAGAGGAAAGUAGAGGACAUAGCCAGCAAGGCCACCCAGUCCAGUGUGUACAUAGGUAUAAACAGAGUGACCAAAGGGCUAGAGAGGGAUGAGGUCAGUGCAGUCAUUGUUGACCGUGAUGUCCCUGUGAUGAUGACCCGUCAUUUAAUGUUGCUUGCAGCAACCCGAGACUGCCCUGCAGUUUGUCUGUCUGGAUUGAGCAGUGUGAUUGGACCGGUGGUGGGCAUGAAAAGUGUUGCAGCCAUUUCCUUCAAGAAGAGUGUUCAAGGAGCAAGCACCCUGUAUGAUGACCUUGUGGAGUUUGUCUCUUCUCAUGCACCUGUACUACAAGUGCCAUGGCUGGUGAAGGAGGAGGAGGAGGAAUCUGAGGAUUCUUCAUCAGCAGAGGAACGAGAUCCAGAUCUGGUAGAUACAAGCAAUAAAUAUAUGACAGAAGAUAAAUUGUCUGAGAAUAAACAGUUGCACCCUCAAGCAGACAAUGCAGCUAAAGCACAGAUAAUUCCCAAGUCAGCAGAUAGGCCAUGUGGUCAAAAUCUAGCCAGUGAGAUGCCAGGUUACAUUGGACGUAGCAGUGUUAUUCAGCAGGCAGCAACUUUUUCAACUAAUAAGUCAACUGGUUACAUCUCUUUUGAUUCAGACGGUCCUCAGACCUCAAAGAUUUCACACAGUGAAAGUGGAAAGAGAAUUUAUUAUGCACCAGCUUAUUCUUCUGGUACAUCCAUUUUACAUCUGUAUCUUUUGAAGUCAGAAUUAAACAAUCCUGAUGAAUUUACAGAAUUCAUUCCACAUAACUACCGUUCCCUUAGUCCUGAACCAGAACUUAUCCCAAAAGACACAAACCCGAACUCCAGAACUGACAGGACUCAAACAUUAAAAGAUCUAAGGGAAAAAACUAAAGUUACCAAGAAGAGAAAAUUGGAUAAUCCAAGGACAGAGGAUGUUCCUAAAAAGAGGUUGAAAAAGAAAUCAGGAAAGUGGAAGAAAAGUGUAAAGGAGAAAAAGAAUAGAAACCCUAAAUAUCAAAAAGCUCGGCAGAUGGCGCAGCAGUCAAAUCCAAACAGAAAGAAAAAGCAAAGGCGACAUUAAAGGCCUAACUAAGACGUAAAUUUUAAAGUGAUCUUUGGUUUGAUGGAUAUCAGCAUAUAUGCUUUCAAAUUUCUGUUUAAUAUAUGCUUCUUGGACAUAUUCCUAAAUUUGAAAAUGAAGAAGCUGGACUCGCUGCAUAAAAUCUGAAACUUGGACCAAGAACUUGGUGAAUUGCAUUUAUAUACAUAAUUUGUCAGUUAGAAUAGCUGUAUUUUAUUACCAUAAUUGAUAAUUACUCUUAAAAUCGUGAAAAAUGAACUAACAAUUUAAAAUUUUGACUCUGACUUUUCAAUAUUUAAGAAUGAGGUCUUUGAAUUGAAUUUUACCUUAAUUACUUUAAAGAGAGAAGAACAGUGGUCAGGCAAUUAUAAAAAUGGCCUUCAUAAUUAAAAUUUGACAUACAGUUUCUAAUUUUUUUUUGUAAAACUUCCACUUCGUGUGAUCAAUAAAUGCAAAUAUCAUCUUUAGGUUUCAAAGAUCUUUAUUCAGUAUGUCUUUAUUCCUUAUGACAUCUCAUCGUCAUCAUAUAAAUAAAUCUUAAGGACAAAUAACUUUAUCAAACUUGCUUACUAGAUGGAAAUGUUAAAAAAUAUUUGGCUGUUAUUUGUUCUGGAUAAAAAUGGAG